CUCAAACUGCGCUGGCGGCCUUGCAGUAUCUCCGACCAUUAUGCAAGGCUGCUGUUGUCAUCGGAAUCCUUGAGGAAGGGGGAUAAGAGGAGUUGCACCUGCAUUAAAAGGAGUCUCCUCGACCUUCUGCUUGAAAGUCCUCGUUUUCCUCCUCUUGACGACGUCCUGCCUCCUCGCUUAGGCCGCCGACCUUCUCUUCCCGUCGCGUGACGCCUCGUCAGCCUGUCCGUCCUUCACCAUGAACCAACACUAGAUCGGCGAUCCUACGAGCCUUGAAACUGCCAACUUGAAAACAUGCCACAGAUCCUCUCAGACCGUCAACGCCCAGUCUAAGAUAGUUGUCAAUGUCACCUAACAGCAAUCAUGCAGCCAUGGCCGCCAGCGAGAAAACCGUUUCGUCGGAAAACACGUCGUCCGACCUGAUCGACUUGGAGCCAGAAGGGAGUGACGUUGCCAUUGAACACAAGGUCUCCCACGGUGUAUUCUCAGAAAAAGGAAAGGAUCCAGACUUGGACGUGGCGGACAGGAUACCAGAUCUCCGAAUUGGUGAUCUCAAGACCGAGAGCAAUCAUGUCUCUCCUCCGAAAGUCCUUCCAUCCACGCCUCCUCCUCCCGAGCCUCCUGCUGCCAGUGAGAAGCCGUACCUCGACCCGACUCCUAAAACCCCCGCGAUCUCAAGGCACCCGUCGAUGAGGACAUCAGGCGAAGAAUAUGACGAGAAGGACCCGGCUUAUAGCCAAGAAUCACAGGACAAUACUGGGGAACCACCGUUCCAGAAGUCCAGCAAUGACCCCGAUGUAGAAUCAACGUCAGAAAUCCAAAGUAUCAUAGAUCAAUUCGACGACGCCUCGGCAGCCCCUUCAAAGGAAUCAAUCAUGUCCCCUCGGCACGAAAUGACCGGGCCUAUUCUAGGAUCGGGUGGCAGUUUUCCACCCAGAAGAUCUAGCCUCGAACCACUACGAUCAAGGGAUAUGGACACGUUAGCUUCGCCAGUGAUCUCCCAUCAUUCAGAAAAGCCUUUGCCCUCGCCGCCUUCUGGUGUCCUGAACCAUGAUUCAAGUCCGCUGAGAAGCCCUCCGAUCAAAAGCCCAGCCCAGGCUUCAUCGCCCUCGCUUCCGAUGCAGCCACCACCUCCCGAACCCGAGCCCGAAUUACCAUUUGACUUUCAUCGAUUUCUGGAGCAGCUCCGGCAUAAAUCCGCAGACCCAGUGGCCAAAUUCUUGCGCUCUUUCUUGACCGAGUUUGGAAAGAAGCAGUGGAUGGUCCACGAACAGGUCAAAAUCAUUGGCGAUUUUUUAGCCUUCAUUACAAACAAAAUGGCCCUUUGUGAGGUAUGGCGAGAAGUGUCGGAUAACGAGUUCGACAAUGCCAAAGAGGGCAUGGAAAAGCUUGUGAUGAACAGGUUAUAUUCGCAAACAUUCUCUCCCGCUAUCCCACCGUCUCCUCCAGUCGCGCGAUCGCGGUCCAGAGGAAGAAGGAAAGAACUGGAAAAGUCCCAGGCACCCGGGAGACGCGGUCAACACCAGGAAGAUGUUGAACGAGACGAGAUUCUCGCCCAGAAAAUCCGGAUUUACAGCUGGGUGCGAGAGGAGCAUCUCGAUAUAGCGCCCGUCGGCCCGAACGGAGAGAGGUUUCUUAGACUGGCACAGCAGGAACUUCUCAAGAUAAAGGGGUAUCGAGCACCCAGAGACAAAGUCAUCUGCGUCCUGAACUGUUGCAAGGUUAUUUUUGGUCUGUUGAAAAAUGCGAAGAGCUCCGACACUUCGGCAGAUUCAUUCGUGCCCCUACUCAUUUACGUCGUCCUUCAGGCUAAUCCAGAGAACCUCGUGUCAAAUGUUCAGUACAUUCUUCGAUUCAGGAAUCAGGACAAGCUUGGCGGCGAGGCGGGUUACUACCUGUCCUCCCUGUCUGGAGCAAUUCAGUUUAUCGAAAGUUUAGAUCGGACGACCUUGACAGUUAGUGAUGAGGAGUUUGAACGUAACGUCGAGAAUGCUGUGGCAGCGAUCGCAGAGCAGAAUCGUCAGGCGGAACAAUUCAGCCCAGUGGCCUCGACCAUUGCCGAGAAAUCAUCGCUUGCUGAGCCAGAACUUACACCACGGAACUCAAUGGAUGUGACGUCCACCAGCCCUAUACGACGAGAUCCUAAUCGGCAGUAUAGCACCUCGGGAGACGGCUCCGACGACAGUGUAGCAGGUCUUUUGCGGACCAUCCAGAAACCUCUCUCCACGAUCGGCCGAAUAUUCUCUGACCAGGACUCAUCAUCUCAAGAACGCAGGCCGAGUCCAGCGCCUCAAGCGGCUCCGAGGCUGAAUCCAAACAUGUUCCAGCCGCCACCAGCCCAAGGUGCAGCAGUCCCUUCUUACGACGCCCAGGAAGCAGCGGCGAGACAGGCAAGCGCGGAAGCCGCGGAAGCUCGACGGAUUUCCAGAGCCGAACACAGGACUGUGGUCGAGACCCUGUGUGGCAUGUUUCCAAACCUGGACAAAGAGGUCAUUGAUGACGUGGUGCGGCAAAAGGAGGGAAGAGUGGGACUUGCCGUGGAUGCUUGUCUUGCCCUGACUGCUGGGAGUUGAGCCUGAGGACUGCUCCAAGAGGUCAUCGAAAACUUCUGGCCCGGAGAGAUAUCACAGGAACCGUAUUCGAAGAGAAAGCCGCUCAGGGGGACGGUUUCGGAAUUCGACAGAGGAUGGAUCUAUUUCCUCGUUGCCGAUGGGCGCACGAUCUGCCCCACGCUUAUAAAGCGGGUUCCAUUGUAAGGGGCCAGUCUUCAUGAUCAGCGACAUUGGUAGAAACAGUGCGCCAUCUAUCCAGACUGGUGAUAUCGUGCCAUAGUUACACGGUCGUUGUUUGAGCCUGGGACUAUUCUUUGAACGGACGAGGCGAGUCCUGAUCAGGUAGCAAUGGCUACCUAGCAUUUAAACCUAAUACAUUACCUAUAAGCGCACCAUCAGGCAAUAGAUAACCCGCAGAUGGCGACGUGGAGGAGGGAGAAUGCAGUCUGGAGCAUAACACUUCCAUCCCAACUUUGAAGCGCC